CCGGCCCUCAUGGGCAAGGGGUCCUGCCAGGGCUGUGGACCCCCUCAAAGUAGGGGCUCAUUCAGCCCCUCUCAGGGCUCCCAGGGGCCCCCUCCAGGUGUGGGGAGUGGGGGCUGGGGCCUGGGCCUGGCUGGGUUCUGAUGGUGGCCCGGCCUUUGCAGAGUGGAGGGUAUGACCUCAACCUCUUCGUCAGCCCUCCCGACUGCAACUUCCUAUGCUCCGUCUGCCACGGGGUCCUCAAGAGGCCAAUGAGGUUGCCGUGCAGCCACAUCUUCUGCAAGAAGUGCAUCCUCCGGUGGCUAGCCAGACAAAAGACCUGUCCAUGCUGUAGGAAUGAAGUAAAACAGAAAAGAAUGGUUCACGUGAAUAAGCUCCGGAAAACCAUUGGCCGCCUGGAAGUCAAGUGCAAGAACUCUGAGGCUGGCUGCUUGGUGACGUGCCCCCUAGCCCAUCGCAAGGGACAUCAGGACUCGUGUCCAUUUGAGCCAACAGCCUGCCCCAAUGAGGGCUGCUUGGUUCGCGUGCCGCGGGGGGCCCUGGCUGAGCACGGAGAGCACUGCCAGCAUGGUGCCCAGUGGCGCUGCCCCAUGGGCUGCGGGGCCACCCUGCACCCAGCCGAUCAGGAGCAGCACAACUGCUACCGUGAGCUGCGGGAGGCCUGGGGCCAGCGCCAGGAGCAGAGCCGGGCCCUGCUGACGCGCCUGUUGAAGCGCAUGCGUCGGGUGCACCAUACCACCAACCUCAUCCGCCGGCAGCUGGCCCAGCUGGGCAACUUCCUGGAGGAGGACAGCACCCUGUUCAUGGGCACCCCAGAGGAGGAAGCCGAGACCGAGGCCGCCCUCGAAGGCAGCAGCGGAGAUGGGGUGUGGGGGGCCCGGGGCCCAGAUAUCUUGUAAACAGAGGAAUAAAUAAACGGGGAGCCCAGGCCUGCCCCACCUCUGGCCUCAUGCCGGGUCCGAGCUUGCUGCCCCUGCCUACCUUUCCCAGAGCUCCUCCCUUCACCCGGCACGAACCCUUUGGCCCUUCUCCCUUGAACUCUUAAGGUCUUCCCAGCAAUGAGUCUUUGAGCCUUUCCUCUGGCUCUUUCCCAGCUUGGAAGGCUCUUCCCUGCUCUUGGAAGCUGGUAGCACCUGAACUCAGAGUAAGAGGCAACUCCUCACAGUGGCACGCAAAGAACACCGUUAUCUCUAACCUACUUCCUUUACACUCUCCUCCUGCCCCAGGGCCUUUGCACUGGCCGUUCCUCAGCCUGGAGCACUGUGCCCCCAGAUAAGGCAAGGUUCCCUGCGGCGCCUCAGGUUUUCACUCAGGUGUCACCUUAAUGAAGCCACCUCUGCCACCUGCGCACCCCCGGCCCGGAUCUACUUUCCACAGCACUUGCCACUGCAUUAUUAUUCCUUGCCAAGAGCCGAGCCGCACCCGGCUACAAUGCGACCUACGCUAGG